UUUAGUCAGCUGGUAUCCAGUGAUUUGAAAGUACUUGGAAGGAGCUCCUACACACUCUGCAGUGAUGGCCAGUUACUCAUUCGACAAGUCCUCCACCCAGAAACAUCUAAGAAGAACUUCCUGCUGUCAGACUGCUUCUAUUCCUUUUAUGAUCUGCGUAAAGAAUUUCACACUUGCUACCCUAGUUCAGCCACCGUGAAAGAUCAGACUAUCAAGACCAUGGCAGAAUAUCUAGGCUUAGGGACGGAUGAAACAGAGGAGGACUUUGGCGUGUGGCAAGUGAAAACCAUGGUGGCUAUCAUUUUCAGCAUGCUCUCUGAAAGUUGUAAUCACAUAUUUACCGAGCCUGAAACUGUGAAGUACAAGUACGAAACAGGUCCUUGUAGUAAAUCUGAAACAGUGGACAGUGAAACAGUAAUACGUGCCAGAGGUUUGCCAUGGCAGUCUUCAGACCAAGAUAUUGCUCGCUUUUUCAAAGGACUCAACAUUGCUAAAGGUGGUGUGGCUCUUUGUCUGAAUGCUCAAGGAAGAAGAAAUGGGGAGGCAUUAGUUCGGUUUGUCAAUUCUGAACAGAGAGAUCUCGCACUGGAAAGACAUAAGCAUCAUAUGGGUAGCAGAUACAUUGAGGUUUACAAAGCAACUGGGGAAGAAUUCUUAAAAAUUGCAGGAGGGACCUCCAAUGAAGUGGCCCAGUUCUUAUCUAAGGAGAAUCAAGUUAUCAUCCGGAUGAGAGGCCUUCCAUUCACUGCUACUCAGGAGGAUGUCUUGGGGUUCCUGGGGCCAGAGUGCCCAGUCACAGGAGGGAAAUAGGGACUUCUCUUUGUCAAGUACCCAGAUGGCAGGCCCACAGGAGAUGCAUUUGUGUUAUUUUCCUGUGAAGAAUAUGCACAGAAUGCACUUAAAAAGCACAAAGAAAUACUUGGAAAACGUUACAUUGAACUCUUCAGGAGCACAGCAGCAGAAGUCCAACAGGUACUUAAUCGAUAUAUGUCAACACCUCUUAUUCCCACUCUCCCAACUCCUAUCAUUCCUGUCAUACCCCCACCAUAUACCAUUGCCACGGGUAGCAUACGUGACUGUGUCCGGCUCAGAGGCCUUCCUUACACUGCUGGCAUUGAUGACAUCCUGGAAUUUAUGGGAGACGCGACAGCUGAUAUCAAGCCCCAUGGAGUUCACAUGGUCCUUAAUCAACAGGGACGGCCAUCAGGUGAUGCUUUUAUCCAAAUGAAAUCUGCUGACAAAGCCUUUAUGGUGGCUCAAAAAUGUCACAAAAAAAUGAUGAAGGACCGUUAUGUGGAAGUAUUCCAGUGUUCAGGAGAGGAGAUGAACUUUGUUUUAAUGGGUGGCACUUUAAAUCGUAGUGGCUUAUCCCCACCGCCAUGUCUUUCUCCACCAGCUUAUGCUGCUUUCCAAACAGCAGCUGUGAUCCCAGCAGAGGCAGCGCUUUACCAGCCACAAGCCCUCCUGCCAACCACCAGGACUCCCCAGGCCUCUGCGGCUGCUCCUCCAACUGUUACCUACUACCCCGCUCAGGCUGCUCAGCUUUAUAUGAAUUACACAGCUUACUAUCCCAGUCCUCCAGUAUCCCCUACCACUGUGGGGUAUAUUGCAGCUCCUCCAGGAGCUGUAGCCGCUGCUGCCACUGCCACCCACACUCCGCUUCUGCCCCAGCCUGGAGCGUUAGUCCGUAUGCAGGGCUUGCCAUAUAACACAGGAAUGAAGGAGAUACUCAGCUUCUUCCAGGGGUACCAGUAUGCACCUGAUGACUACAAUGGCCUUAUUCAGCUGAGCGAUCAAGCAAGGAGUGUGUUACAAGCACCGAAAGAGUGGGUCUGUUUGUAACUCACUGUAACUUCUGAAGAAGCUCCACGCAGAUUCCAUCCUCGUGCUUUACAACUUUAGCGGCCAGCCCAGUGGAGAGGCAUUGGUGACUUUUCCAAGCCUGGAUCUAGCUAAGAAAGCAGUGGCUGAGAAAAACGGACAGCUCCUGGGAAGCCGCUAUGUAGAACUGUACCUGGUCUAACUAAACACUCUUUGGGGAAGGGGGAAAGAAUGUCGCACUAAACACCGUGCCUUUUGCAAAAUAAGAAGUCUUCCCUUGCCACCCAGGCAGCAGCAAAUGUGCCUUUUCAGCAUAAUAUGUUGGAAUGUAGAGUGGUACAUGUCCUGUAUUUAAUUUGAAAAAUGGCGUAUCCUAUGCCAAAGAUAAAGUGAAACCAAAAAAUAUGCAGUUAAUUUACUUAAUUUCUAAUGUACUUGUUUAAAAAUAAGCAAGCCCACUCCUGGCAUCUAGUUAAUUCUGAGGACAAUCUAAUAGCACUUCAGCUAUCGCAGCCAUGGGAUAAACC